GGGUGGUCUGGCUGUACAUCUUGUGACCGCUGGACCACACAAUCGGCAGUGUUACCAAAUAUCAAGAUCCUGCUUCUUAUUUCUGAAUUGUGCUGCUCAGCUUAAUGUUAAUAUAUUCAGAAGUAGGAGUAGAACCAUUGACCAUCUUAUUGAUUCCACUAUUCGGUUCAUAUCAAGGGACUACAAGUAGUGGGAAAAGUGAGAGUGUGUUGGCAAGUGUGACAUUUGAAACAUUAGAUGGAUGGCUGAGAAGAGAACGACAAUGAGUCAAGUCAGAUUCGAUGAAAGCUGGUUAGCGACCUCACCACGCGAGUGUCUAAUCACGGAAGUAAAAUUUCCGUUGUAGCACUUGAACGAGGGUCACAACACCGUCAGUCAUCGCGCGAUACGCUGAUGUGCACAACUGUCGCUAACGAUGGGAGCUAUCAGAUCCUGGUGGUGAUGUUCCUGCUUUAUGGAUCUCACGGUUUUCCGAUACGUGGCUGCCACAACGAGACAAUCUUCGUGUUUGAAGAUUCACCUGCAACCUUCACUUGUACAAACAUUCCUCGCAAUGCUGAGGUCAGAUGGAGUUUAGGUGGUAGUUAUGUUGAGAUAGGAGUCUGUUACAAGAACGGCAGCUGCCAAGUUCAUUAUCCUAACCAGGUACACAACUUCAGCAGAUCAGCAAGUCUCACAGAGAGUCACAUGACAAUAUGGAGAGACCAUCGCAACUAUAAAAAUCAGUCUCUUCUUUGUCAUGAUGGGACUCGGCUUCAGCCCGAUUCAGAAUGUCACCUUAUCAUUAAAAGCCACCCAAAGCUCGAGAACUGCAGCAUAACCAGCGACGGUUUCACUGUGACUGGCAUCUGUCGAGUGACAAACGCCUACUCCUCUGAUGGCACUUACAGAUGUAUCUGGAAGCAGAAUAAUAUACAACAAAAUGUAUCCUAUGCAGAAACUACUGAACUCAGCAACCAGACUGGACGCGAGUACUUGGAGAACUGGACCUGCUCCUUCUCACAGCCUUUACCGCGCGAUGAAGGAAUAUACAACUACACCAUCUCUGCUGACACUUUUCAGAUACAGGGAUAUUCAAGUACAAUAACCGUAGAGACACCCGGAUAUCUGUCCACGACAUGUCCGGAGGUGAUAGAAGAAGGGAAAAGCCUCAGAUGCCAAUGCGAGACAAACAGAACUGGAACUCCACCUGGUCUAGUAUUAUGGGAUGGAUAUAAGAGUGACACUCUAGAAAUUGAGAACGUAAGGCUGGAGAACAACGGCUCAAACUUUACGUGUCUGCUAGUGUGGCGCAAUGACACGUACAGAGUCUUACUCUACUCACUAACAGUGACACAGACUGUGGCCAGUACUUCACCUACAGGCGGUGAUGCAUCAGCAAGCUCUCAAGGUUUUCCCAUGUUAUUGGUAAUCCUCGGAGCUGUUGGUGCAGUUCUGGUGAUAACUGUUGUGGCCAUUCUGGUCGUCUGCAUCACCAGAAGACGAAGAGGAAAGCAGCAAGAUCGAGGACGAAUGAACUUGAAGGGAAGGGACAGAGAGGAAAAACCCGUUAAUGACACAGCGCCCUCUGCUCCGACAAAAGACGGUCAAGACUUCGAGGACCAUGUCAACGUCCUGUAUGGAGGAUGUGCUGAUCUGCGGACAAACCAGAGCAACGAUCUUGCUGAGAACAUGGACGCUACCUAUGCUGUCGUGGAUAAGGCACGGUUAAAGAACCGGUUAAAAUAAUCUGCUUCGCUAAAAGUCGAUUGUAGAUUCCAGACAUAUAAUUCCAAACGACAACACUCUCAGUGACCAGAAACCUAUGGGCCACUAAUAUAAUACUACUGAAAACCCUUGUUCAUGAUUCUAACACAGUUUUAUGUUGAAAAGAUGUAAAUAAAAAUAUAUAUUUGUAUGGCUCACUAGUUUUGAAAUACAUGUUUUAUAUUUGAAAAA